AUGGUUUUGCAAGAAUCUUUCGGGAACCGAUUGGCCUUGAUCUCAGCCGACGAAGAGAGUGUUCGUACUGUGGUAGGUGGAGAGUUGAAGGUCACACGAUUGAGGGACUUGGAUGCUGAGGAGCGUGUCCGAUUCUCGUCCGAAUUGUCCAAAGAGUGGAAGGCCGUCAUUGAGAAUUCAAGGCCCAUCCUUGACGAAUUUGACCCCGAAGACCUACGUCCUGACACCAGAGGUGGAACCUUCUGCAAAGUGGCUACCGCUUUCGGAGUGGGCGCCGUAGGAGCGAUGGCUGGGCAUUACAAGACAGGGCACUGA